CCAAAUGAUUGCAUAAAGUGUCUGAUAAAGCUCAAAUGUUCCUAUAAAAUUUGUAUCGAUCAUUUUAUUCGAUAUAACAUGAUUGAAUUUGUCAGACAGAAAUUCGGUACUGAAGCUUGAACAUGCGUUUUCUGAUCACUGUUCUGUAUUUAUGGUCGGUUACGAAUGGAGACACAGACUGCGAUGCCAUAAGAUCUUCUACUCUUCCAUUCUUAACCCAACGGUUGGUAGGUUAUGUACUACAACCAUCUGAAAGGCCCUUCUCAGACAGUUAUCUUCUGCCAGGAUGGUAUAGAAUGAAAGGCUUUACGCUUUCAUCGAAUGCAUCGGAAAACUGCGGAGUGCACCUUAACUGGUACAUGAAAGAUAACAAACUACCUGAUGUCGGGAUUAAGAUUGACGCAAUUUUGUGCAUAAAUGACAACUCUCCUUGUGCCGAACCAUAUACCAAAUUGAUUGAAAUACAAAAAUGUGGCGAACACGAUUAUAUAUUUAAUCUUUCGCCCACCGAUGGAUCAGAUGAAGGAUAUUGCAUAGUACCUUCGACUAACGAAACACACAACGUUUCUGCUCCGAAUAUCGACUAUAUAGCACCUGCAAUAGACAUACGCGUGAUACGAAAAGAUGAAUUUGUCAGAAGAGAACUGGAGUACUUUUGCAGUUUUGAUGUGAAUCAAGCGGACGAAAAGAUUAUUUAUACAGUAACAUGGCAUCUGGCUGACAGGUCCGGUCUACAAAAGACGUUGAAGAUUGGUACAGAAAAUAAAGAGUCAAACAAAACGUUUGAAAAAGCAACAAAACUUACCGAGGCAGAUCUUAUUCAAAAUGGAAUAACAAAAAUGGGAUUUUCGCUCCUUUGUGCCGUGCAAGGGCAACAAUCAAGUAUAGGUAAUUUCAGCCGCACGAAGUUCAGUAACUUGAAGUUUUGUGGAAUUAAGGUACAUUCUGUCAGUCCACUUAGGGUUAAGGAUACCGACAAUGCCUUUAUAAGUCUUGAACUCACCGUGCCAUUUGAAUGUCCCACAUCAUCCAAAGACUGUUUCAUCGAAGUGGAUGUGUUUACACCAACAGCAACAAUAGACACCUGCACUAUUGCUACAUUGGCAAACUUGCAAAUGAAUUCCAGGCCGUGUGGCGUGCGUUUUAACACAUCCGAAGUACAUAAAAUUAAGAAUAUAACAAUAACGAAUAAAGUCGGAGCCAGCGUUUCGAAACCAGAGUUUGGAAUUGAGUAUGACGUUCUGAUGAGCACGCAUUCUCUUAGAUCGCACGACAUGUUGAGCAAGUAUUGGAUAGAGUCCGUUAAAGUUCACACAUUUGUAGAUUCUACAAAAGUUGGCUCUGCUCAUUGUUUUGCACAUAGCGAUCCACACAUGCAAACGUUUGACAAAAAGUUAUUUGAGAACCAAAAGCCAGGAAUAUACUUGUUGUAUAGGAAUACAAAAUAUAAAACUGAGGUUCAUACGAUGCAUGCCCCGUGCCCUAAUUAUAACGAAAGAAAUGACAGUCCUUACUGCACCAAAGCGGUCGCGGUUCGGGCUGGUAGGGACGUUUACAUCAUCGACAUUUUGGAACAGUCCUCGACAUUUAAAAUCUGCGAUGAUGCAGUGUUGUCACAUAAAAUACACAAAAUGCCUGGUAAUGCAUACGAUAUCUAUUUACCAACGGGAGCCAUUGUACAUAUUCGCAACACAUGGCAAACGUUCCUUGAAAUAGAUAUAGACGCAGGACUUCUCGAUUACAAAGAAACCGAUGGGUUAUGCGGCAAGUUUGAUGGCGACAGUACAAACGAUGCAGCGGGCGUCUGUUGCAAAUUGGAGCAAUCAAACAGCCUUUUUGAUCAUAACUUUAGACUCAAACUAGAAAGGUGGCAGGAAGAAUUAACAGUAUGUUCUUGUGAUUGCGACCCCAGGGAUGACUGUAGUUUGAAAAAUUAUGUCACUUGCAGUAGCGACAGAGUAAAAAUAUGCGCUCAUGUCGAGUCUAAAACCGUCUACAGUGGAAUGUGUUUGACGGAUAGACGUAAAAGAGAUAUUCAUGUUCAACAUGAAUUUCAGCCUGACAGCAAUGUGUAUGCUUUGGAUUCUCUGAUUUCGAAAGGGCGUUUUCGAAGAGAAGCAACUGUCCUGGAUCUCCCGACAGCGAGACGUCAGUGUGAAAAUGCGAUGAAUACGACCAGUGUGCAGAUGUGCUCUGAUCUUCCUGGUUUAAAUAUUAAUACGUACAUAGAAAACUGUGCUUUGGAUGCUAUGGCCUCUAAUUCGAUGGAAUGGACACAGCUGCACAUUGAAGGCAUUAAAAAGGCGUGUAUACGAAUCGUAGAAUUCAAUCAACCUAUACCAGCUGAAAUCCUUGCAAAUUUUAAUACAACAUCGAAUUACGAAAAUAACUCGACUAACACUAGUGAUGUUUCGUUUUUGCUAUCAACAACUCCAUCGUUUCUCAACACAUCGCUAUUUACAUCGGAUUUACUACAGAGAAUCAAGGAGGUGUCAUGUCCGAAUGACUGUGACAACCAUGGACAAUGCAUGAAUGGAAAAUGCCGAUGCGAUAAUGGUUACAUAGGAGAUGACUGUUCCGUAGACUCGAAUGCUGCCCCUAUAAUUGUUGGUAUACCAGAUAGAGGAUUGUGCGAUAUCAAGGAACGACCGUGCAAACAGACUGCUGUCAUUGGAAGAAACUUUGUUGAAUCAGCGAAACUAUCUUGUAGAUUAACUCCAAUACAGGUGGCAUUUGAAAAUCAAACUAUCGAAUUUCCUUCCACUGUGGUAAAUGCUUCACUGGACACUUUUUUGCAAAUAUUCUGUCCUUUGCCUAAACGUCAAAGACGUUCUGUAGACUCAUACAAUUCGAGUGAUGUAGCUGCCCACGGAUACAGAGUGUCAGUUAGUAACAACAUGAAGAAUUUCAGUAACGAGGACACGAUCGUGAUUUAUGACUCUAGAUGCACUGAUUGUGAGAAACGCAAUGGAACCAUUGUUUGCACAAGAAAGCCACAAAACUGCAUGCAUGACGGGCGCUGUUACGAACAGGGAGAUAUAGUUGACGGCUACGAAUGUGUAGGAAGUUCAACAAUUCAAUGGAAUGAAGUUGUGACAACGAAAGACGUGCAUCCCCCCAAAACAACAAGUUCUACAGAUCAAGGUUACUCCGUUGUGACAACGAAAGACGUGCAUCCCCCCAAAACAACGAGUUCUACAGAUCAAGGUUACUCCGUUCCGUCAGUUGUGACAACGAAAGACGUGCAUCCCCCCAAAACAACGAGUUCUACAGAUCAAGGUUACUCCGCAGGUGUUACAACGGAAGACGUGCGUCCGCCUAAAACAACGAGUUCUAGAGAGCAAGGUUACACCUCUCGUACUGUCCCUUCGACUUCUUUUGCGAAACCACACCACAAAUCCUCGGCAGCGCCACUGCAUCAAGGCUUGAUAAUAUUGGCCACCACAUUCACAAUUCAAGAAAUAAUGCGUGCACACAUGAUGGGAACAUAGGUCCAUACGCUGAAUGAACUGCUUUUUCGAAGAUUUUAACAAAGUGCAUGUUAUAAGCAGACAAUGCAUGUGUGUAUUCGUCAUAUGUCUAUACAAUGAUUAAAAAUUGUAUGUUGUUAUUCAGCUAAUUUCAGUUAAAAAAUCAGUUUGCAUGUAUGUUUGGAUGUUGUUUGUUUUAACGUUUUGUGAUGAAGGUAUUUGUGAUUGUUUUGAAUAGUUUAACUUAAUUUUAUGAAUUUAAUAUGACUAAAAUAAUGAAGUUUAAAUUGACAUAGUCAAGUGUUGUUGCUUGUGUGGUUUUCUUCCAUUGUAUGUUUAUUCCUUGCCAAAAUGUUUUGUGGAAUAAAUGCGUUGCAUGAAGCUA